UGCCGCCGUGCGUAGAAGAAGAAAUUCAUCGCAUUCCGAAAUGACGGACCCGACAACAUCGCCAGAGGACCAGUGGAAAACCGAUGGUGCUUUCAGCGAUGGUGGCUUUGAUAACAGUUACAUCUCUGAAGCAAUCAGAAAGGGUUCUAUAGUGUCUCGGGCCAACAGCAUUGGCUCAACAAGUGCCUCUUCAGUGCCAAAUACAGAUGAUGAAGAUAGUGACUACAGGCACGAGACAUCGUAUAAGGACUCGUAUAAAGAUCGUCGGAGACAAGCGCAUACACAAGCUGAGCAAAAGCGUAGGGAUGCUAUCAAGAAAGGAUAUGAUGACCUCCAGUCAAUCGUUCCAACCUGCCAGCAGCAGUCUGAAUUUGCAGUGGGAGCACAGAAGAUCAGCAAGGCUACUAUACUCCAAAAAACAAUUGACUACAUCCAUUUCCUUCAUAAAGAAAAGAAGAAGCAAGAGGAGGAAGUUUCCGUCCUAAGAAAAGAAGUGAUGGCUCUUAAGAUUAUGAAAACGAACUAUGAGCACAUAGUGAAGGCCCACCAGAACAACCCACAGCAAGGAGAGGAUCAGGUGUCCGACCAGGUCAAAUUCAGCAUCUUUCAGAGCAUCAUGGACUCCUUGUUUCAGUCUUUCAGCAACUCUGUUUCAAUGAGCAGCUUCCAAGAACUGUCGGCAUGCGUUUUCAGCUGGAUUGAGGAGCACUGCAAGCCACAGACGCUGCGGGAGUUUGUCGUCGGAGUGCUCCGGCAGCUCAAUGGUCAGCUUUACUGAUUGAGCCCAGUGUCUGGUUAACUCCCAGAAAUUGACUUUCUCAGCUUACUCUGGCCUCUAAGAGCAGCCUCACUUUCUGGCAUACGAUCGCUUUUUGGCACAACACCCCCACUGAGACUAAAAGGAGUAAGAGAUUAGAUCUUAUUAGCAAGAACUCUUCUUACAGAUUGAGUGAACUCAUGGUAUUUUUUCCGGUGCCUUUUUUUAAAUAAUGGACAGAGAGAAAAGGGAGGCAGAGAACUCGUGAGCCGACACGUUCCCCUUCGUCACAUCGAGCACUGCAGCUUGUUCUUGAACCAAAUGGGCUCUUUGAGCUUCAGUGGACAAACACUGAAUCACUCCUGAGCUGCAGCAGAGUAACAAUCACUGCUAACUGUGCUGUCAGGAAGACACUACAGCGUUUUAUCACUGAUAUUUGGCUCAUACAAACUGCGUGACAGAAUUUGAGGCGUACAUAUAUGGAGCUCUGACAAGCUGUCAAACAUGCUGAAAUGUCAAAUUAUGGUAUGUAUAAAUUUAAAUAGUCUCUUCACAGUGUGCCGUUUAACUUUUUAUAGUCAAAUGUAUUUCAAUUCAGUUUGACUUUAAUGGCAGGAAAAGUAAUGAGUAUUCUGUCAUAUGUCAUCAUUGAGGUACGUCACAUUGUGAGCCGAAGUUUGCAUCGACUUUUUUUUUUGCAACUUUUAUAUUUUCUUCUCAAUCAAGGAGCUUAAAAAUUCUGCUUCAGUUGGUCUAAUCCCAACAUGAUGAACAUUGUUUACUUUCGUCAGUGGGUUUCAGUGGCUACGAUGCAGUUCACGCCAAACUGUGUCAGUCGGCACCCCUUUCUUGAAUUUUGACCAUCACCUUGAAAACUUGUCAAUCUGAACUGCAUCAGCUGGACUUUUAACGGCUGUUGAGGGAAAAAUGGUGACUUUCUCGUAGGUAACAGCAAAUUUUAACAAUGGCUUUGACUGUUUCUAUAAAUGUCCUGUCCUGUGUUAGCUGUAUUCAUGGAAAUAUUUUUUUUAAACCUUGUCUUAUGUCGUUGCUUCAUGAUUAUUAAUAAUUCUGUCAUACAAGCCGUGUACACUCAGUGGCCACUUUUAGUUACCCCUGUAAGAUCGACUGACAUCUGAGCCUUAAAUUCUGCUUUAUAAAGGAAAUGUUUUAUUUUGAUGUACGCCAGCAGAGAGGUGUAAUCUAUGCAUUCAUGUGUAACUGUGUUUAUGUUGUAGUUGCAGUUUGUUUUUCAUGUUUAGCUACCCCAUUUACAAAUCAAGGAGGUGGAAUAUUGAAAAAAUAUAUUUAAAUCAGUACAUCUGAGAGGAAACUGCUGUGUAUUUGAUUGUAUUCGAUUUCAUAGGUCUGCCUAAUAAAGUGGCCAUGAAGGGA